GAAGCUGCUAUUUUAAGACGUGAAAUGAUGACUACUAAAAUCCUCAUACUGAUGCUCGUUCUAUGCAGUAAUCUGCCCAAAACUAUCUCAGUAGAGGAAGCUUUUGAAUUUUCACAAAAUGAUAAGACUGAAUCCAUCCCAAAUGGAAAUGAAACGGAUUUAAGCAACGUUUCCACUACCUGCCAUCUUAAAAUUAAUCGGUCUUCGCAGAAGAAAAUCCUGAAAUUGAUUCAUCACAAGGAAAAGAAUGCAAUUGAACUAAUUGUUUUGAUACAAUCGUUCAACAAUACUUUGAAUAGAUCUCGAGUACUAACAGGAAUUAAAUGGGCGAAUAAAAUGGGCCGUACAUUAAUUUCCUUAAUUGCCCAAGCCGAGAAUAUGCCAGCGAUGAUUCUAUCGUCCUACACAAGUACAUUAACUGUAGGGUGGAUAACGUGGAUAUACGGUAAAGUCUCCGAAAUGACCAAAGGAUGUUUGUUAUUCUCGGGAGGCAAUGCAUCCAAUAUUGUUUUCAAUUUUCUACUGCAUCAGUUGUACCUGCAUGACAAUGGAGAUGAUUCAGAUUAUCAAUUAUGCAGCAUAAACACUGGCAGUGAUGACACAAACUAUAAUUGUUGCAGUUUACUUGGACGAGAACGCAUACCAAUCUGUUCGGACUAUUCAUCUAUCCUAAAGGAAUCUUCUAACAAUCUGUUUGUGGUAGCAGUAUUGCUUUUUAUAUUUUUGGUUUUUCCCUUAAUAGUUGAACAUUUAAGUUAUUCCCAAAAGGAGCGCAUACAAUAUAAAAUUUCAGACAGUCCAAUGUCACUUUCAUCCAUUUUUCACAAAAUAUUUAUCGAAGGCCAUGGUCCAGUUAAGUCAUUUGGAAGGAGAUUGGUGGUAACAGUAAUCGUACUUGUAACUGCGUUACCUGUCUGGAAACUUUACCUUCUCUCGUUCUACAUCAUUUUAUGUGGGUGGGCAUUACUCUUUCCGUUUUUUGAUGUACACAACUUCAAUGACGAAGCCCAUGCAUGAUUCUAGGGUUGCUGCUGCCAAUCAAUUGAGUUUCUUUUUCUUCAACGGGAAUCCGAUUAAGAUUAUCGCAUUACCAUUUAACCUGAAAUUUUUGUGGAAUGAGGUGAACAGGCGGCCAUUUUUCCGUACGCACCUCAAGUUAAACCUAAACAGUGCGACAAGUUAUCAACAAUCAGCAACCAGUUCUCGAAUGUCCGAGCGUAGCAGUUUAUUAACGCAAGUGGAAUUGCGGCAACAACCAAGAAACGACCCUGGACAAAUUAUCAGACGCCUUAUGGAUCUACACAAAUAUUGUUUAUCUAUUAUUGUUUUGUUAAUCCUUUACCUCCUAAUCGCUCUUCCAAUUUUAUGUCUGCUUGUUUUAUAUACAUUGUUUGCUGCCCGAUAUUCGCAUAAAGUGUUUAACAAACAAUUAUUAUUACGGAAACCUAUCACACAGUUGACUCUAUCAAAACUCGUGGGUUUUGCUACAUGGGGGAUAUUUGCGUUUUCUUUUUACAAAUGUUUUGUUCUUGCGUUCUAUUAUACCGUUGGUUUGUAUUUAAAUGCUGGAUUUUACAGUACUUAUUUCGUUCCCCUCUCCAUCAUCUUAUUUUAUUCAUGGAGUAAUUGGAAGUCAUCGGUUGAAGAGAAGUACUUGGAGCUGAAUACAAAAAUUUACAAAGCUUGCAGAGAAAGUAAUAGACCGGUUCAAGUUGCACGCUCUGCCAGUUCCAAUGAAACUGAGAACAAUGACACUUUAACGCGUUUUAAAAUUAAGUUAGACGAGAACGGAGAGCCUGUCAUUCCGAAACCACUAUAUGAUAUAGUCCGGGAAAAGUUUCUGCCCUAUGGCGAAAUUUUGGUCCCUUAUUUUGAAGGGGUAAUCUUCGUUGUAAUUUGCGCCUACUUCUUGUUCAUUUUUAUGUCAUUGGCCCAAGCAUCCGGUGUCUCGAGCAGUGUUCAAAUAAUCAGCACAAUGGCUGCCACUUCAUUACCUUUCCUCUUCGAUAUUAUUUGGAAAAAAAAUAGCGAUGGGCAAAAAGCGGCCAAUAAUUUAGCCCUAAAAUCUAAACUAAAACAUGCUUUGUCAGUUUGCAGUUCAAAUGAUGCUACCGGAGAAAUAAUAGUGGAAUUUACUGGAGCUAUACCAACUGAUCCUUUUGGCAAUCACGCAUCCUGACCACUGCAGUAUGUUUGCGUUGAUAAGAGACCUGCGGAGAAAAGUUCAAUUGUUUGGGAUGAUUACAAUAAGCUUUUAUCAAAUAAAUUGUUACAUUGCAAAAUUAUAAUGUGUUUCUACAGCAUACAUUAAUCUAGUGGAAAUAAUAAUAGUGACGGUAAUAUAUUAAAAGAAAAGCAUAAUUUGGUAUCGUAACAGUAAAUGAUUUGAUUGGCUAAUAGCUUACAUGCAGUUAAAUAUGGAAAUCAUGCAAGCUAUAGACUGGCAUUUUUAUUAAAAUUUUUGCACCUAAUGAAUUUUCUAAUAUUUUUUAUGCUGUCCUUGUGAUCAUUGUUUGUCGAAGGAGUUUAAUGUAUAAUAAAUGUAUUGAAUAACGAAUCAGUCAUUGAAUUCGGUUUUUGUAUAAUUAAUAUACGAAAUUACUG